UGGCAUAAGGAUAUAAAUUAACCAAAGGCACACUCAAACAAUAUCAGUUAUUGGUUGUUAUCGAAGCUCUCACUGUAUCAGGAUUGGGGAUUUUUUAUGGCAAUUAAUUGAUUGAAUGAAUAAGAUGCCUUACUUAGAUGAACUUAAAAUAAUGCAGUGGUAAUGAAGCCUUAUUUUCCAUCAUUACACCAAAUGCAUAAUUUGCCCUUUGGUGCAGUAUUGACUCAGAUCAUGUUUAUGUCUCUCUUUCUGCUAUCAGGAGUUCACAAUAAUGGUAUCAGUACUUCCCUUAUUAGCUGUACACACAGUGCUUUGCCCAAUAGAUUUUAUUUUUGUUUUCCUUUGACUUUGGUGGUGCUGGACUGGCACAUUGAUUGACAGGGCAGAGACAGAUCCCCUCCAGCAGGAUAUCCAUUUUCUUAUCACUUCCUCCAAGACCUCUGGGCACAUAUAGCUUUUCAUAAUCAUCAUAGGGAGUAUUUUUGCCAAAGCAGCCAACUGGAAGAAUGUUGGCUUAUCGUAUAGCCUAUAAACGUCAUUGUUGGGGAAAAGCUAUACUGAUUUGGCAGCCAUCGGGCAAAACUCAGAGGCGCUUCCUCCUCAAUAUUUGGCUGCUGUCUGUGACAAAAGUUACAGAGAGGAAGACAGUUGCAGAGACAAAGAGGAAGACUGACAGACAUGUGUACUGUAUGUGCGGCAGGGAAAGGUACGAGAUAGGUCAGGCAACACAAAAGUGAUGUUUGUGGUGGGAACUUCCUGCCUUGGCUGUCCUCCCGUGACACGAUCACUGUUCCCUUAAGUUGUACCAAGCGGUUUGGCAGGCAGGUAUUUUGUCUAAAAACAUGUCAAGCAGCUGAGUGUGUGGGAUGAAAGCGCAAAGAAAGCAAAAAAGAGGAAAAAAUAACCAUGCUGAAGAAUCAGCAGCUGGUCUAUAUUGGCUUGGAGCUGGUGAUCGCUUGCCUGGCUGUGGCUGGGAACAUCCUGGUCUGCUGGGCCGUCUGCCUCAACUCCAACCUGCAGAGCAUCACCAACUUCUUUGUGGUGUCACUGGCGGUGGCUGAUAUUGCUGUGGGGCUGCUGGCAAUUCCCUUCGCUAUCACUAUUAGCACCGGCUUCUGCGCAAACUUCUUUGGCUGCCUGUUCAUCGCCUGCUUCGUCCUCAUACUUACCCAGAGCUCCAUCUUCAGCCUGCUGGCCAUCGCCGUAGACCGUUACAUCGCUAUCGAGAACCCACUCAGGUACAACAGCCUGGUGACAGGGCAGAGGGCAAAGGGCAUCAUCGCUUUGUGCUGGGUUCUCUCGGUAGGCAUCGGCCUGACACCGAUGCUGGGCUGGAACAGAGGUUGGAACGCCACCGCCAGCAGCAACAAAUGCCCUGAAGGCCUGACGGUGUGCCUGUUUGAAGCAGUGGUUACCAUGGACUACAUGAUAUAUUUCAAUUUCUUCGGCUGCGUCCUGGUGCCCCUGUUUGUCAUGCUGGUCAUCUAUGCCCAUAUCUUCAUGGCUGCACGGCGCCAGCUCCGACUGAUGGGACUCAAAGUUGCGCACACACCUGCUCCUGGUGAGAUAGCAUCAUCGUCGGGCACAUCUCGUUCAACCCUGCAGAAGGAGGUGCAUGCUGCCAAAUCGCUGGCCAUCAUUGUAGGUUUGUUUGCUCUAUGCUGGCUUCCACUGCACAUCAUGAACUGUUUCAACUACCUGUGUCAGAGCUGUGAGCGCACACAUAUCUGGGGGAUGAACAUUGCUAUCAUCCUCUCCCAUGCUAACUCUGUUGUGAAUCCCUUCAUCUAUGCUUAUCGCAUUCGGGAGUUUAGACAGACCUUUCGGAGGAUCCUGUAUCAGCACAUCUUAGGGCGGAGGGAUGGACACGGGACUGGGAGUAGCAAUGGCAGAAGUGUCAGGGGCAGCAGUAUCAUGAGGACUUCCUCCCGCACCAGUAGAGAGGGUUCAUCAUGUGGCACAAUAGUGAAUAGCUACGUCCUGGACCCCAGCCCUGACCGAACGCCACCAAAAGCUACUCACGAAGCCUCUUGCCAUUGGACAUCAAAUGUUGCCGUUGCACCAAGCAGCUGCAUACACAAUGGACACCAGAUAAAAGGCAGCAACCUUUCAGCAAUGCAGCAGCAGCCAUGCAUCGUGGGAUUUGCUGCUCAGGAUGGAGUAGAAUCAGUUACAUAUCUGAGGGGAACAACAGAUGUUCUGGAGGUGAAAGACAGUGAAAGUGGCAUUGCUUUUGUAAAUGUUCAGGCUCUCUCCCAAAAACAGACUGACUGUGUCCGCUGUGCAGAGCUUACUGAAGUCUCAUGACAAAGAUAUUUAGGUAUUUAAAAUAUAUAUUUCUAUUACCAUAAAACAUAUAACUGUGUGCAAACAUGACAUUAUGGAGAUUGGUUAAUGAAACUUCAAAUUAAUAGCAACAGCAAAUCACCUUUCUGAAGUCACAUAAACUGAUUACCAGGCAACAUUUUGACCCGCUUUCCUUUGUCCUGAUCUAACAUCUCUGAGUUGGAUCAGAUCUAUAAGCAUGCAACAGAAUCUGUCAAAAUGUGGAUGUUUAAAAUACUUUCAGCAAUACAAUGACAUACUGUAUGUGGUAGUGUGUUAUUUUUCCAAGAUGAAUGUCCUUUUUUUAGGCUGUGUCUUAAUGUGUAGAAAACAAUUCUUUCUGAACUGUACUGUAUCUUGCAAUGCUUUUUUAAAUUCUUGAACUGUAUUUUUUUGAUAAUGUGGCAUCCAGUCAACUUUUGUAAUGGUCAUGUGUAUUGUUUUUACCCACUGGAAAAUUAAAAGUCGUAUAUACUUACUA